GUCACGUGACUUCCACAUGACUUUGCCGCUCUGUACAGCGCGAAGGGGGUGUGGCCGUCUAAGAUUUCAAAACAUCAAGUAGAGAUGGGGCGUGUCCUAAGUGGGCGUGGCUUCCCGCUCCGUUCUGUUGUCGGAAAAAGCCGAGCGCUGCCGGGCGUGGGGAAUCAGGAAAAGCCCCGGCUUGUGGGGGUGAACUAGGCCGUAGCCAUGCUGAAGACGGAGCGGGUCCUCCACCUGAAGACGCAGCGGGGCCGGACACUGCGGGCGGUGCGGGAGCAUUAUCUGAGGGAGGACGUCAGCUGUGGGAGUCCGCUGUGCCAAGCCUGUGCCAAGGAAGGGAAAGUCUUGUCUGAAGAUCUUACACACUAUGUCGUCCCUGACUGUCAAGUGCUCCAAGAUUAUCAGGAGGUGCUGGAGUUUACAGAGUUACGAGGCAUCAUCUUUAUGCAGACAGCAUGCCAAGCCGUUCAGCAUCAGCGAGGACGCAGGCAGUAUAAGAAGCUACGUUCCAUGCUUAGUGAUUCUCGACAUGACUCUAUCUUUUUCCCAAAUGAGUUCCAGCAUUACGCCUAUCUCCCUCGGGAAAUGGGAGAGUCUGUUGAAGACUGGCAGACAAGAUGUAUUUACAACUCAUGUGUUUGGUACUAUCAGCACUGUCGUGCUAUGCUUCCUGUCAUUAUGGUGACUGAAAAGGAAGAUGUCAUUCGAAGAUACAGCAAUGAAACUGAGGGGGUUUAUGUCUUGUCAUUUAAGAAUUACUUAGAAAUCUUCUGGCCAGAUCUAAAGGCAGCACAGGAACUCUACGAUUCUCUUCGGCAGGCCCUCUGUGAACAUGAGACUGAUAGCUGGGAGUGUAAGGGGAAGGAGUACCAGGAACAUCUUCCACUGGAAAUUCUGGAAGCAGGCAUUAAGUCUGGAAGAUACAAGCAGGGUGUCCUCAGUGUCAACAAGCAUCGCUCCCAACUUGAAGCAUUUGUACGACUCCAGGGCUUGGCAGGAAAGGAUACAGACCUGCAGAGUGACGUUCUGAUCCAUGGUACAAAGGCCCGAAACAGAGCAAUCCAUGGAGACGUGGUGGCUGUGGAAAUUCUUCCUAAAUGUGACUGGAAGGGGAGAUUUGGAGCGCUGUGUGAGAAAGAGGCAGAUGAUAAAGCCCUGGAUACACAGAGCGAGGUCAUGAUGACUGGUCGUGUUGUGGGGGUUCUACAAAGAAACUGGAGGGAUUAUGUGGCUACUUUCCCCUCUAAGGAAGAAAUACAGACUCAGGGCAAAAAUGCCCAGAAGGUACUUGUGACUCCUUGGGACUAUAGAAUCCCCAAAAUCAGGAUCAGCACACAACAAGCAGCAGCUUUGCAGGAUUAUAGAGUAGUGGUAAGGAUAGAUUCCUGGGAAUCCACCUCUCUUUAUCCAAAUGGACAUUUUGUGCGAGUUCUAGGACGUAUCGGUGACUUGGAGGCAGAAAUUGCAACUAUUUUAGUGGAAAACAGUAUUAGCAUGAAGCCAUUUUCAGAAGCCCAGCUUGCAGAAAUGCCAACUAACAGUCCAGAGGACCCAUGGCGGGUGGCCCCAGAAGAAUGUAAUCGACGGGACUUGCGAGAGACUCACUUGAUAUUUAGCAUUGACCCAAAGGGCUGCGAGGAUGUGGAUGAUGCCCUGUCCAUUCGUGCACUAAAGAGUGGACAUUUAGAACUUGGUGUUCACAUUGCAGAUGUCACACACUUUGUAAAGCCAAACUCUUACACAGACAUGGAAGCAAAAGCAAGGGCCACCACUUACUACCUUGCUGACCGUCGCUUUGACAUGUUGCCUCAUAUCCUCAGUGCAGAUUUGUGCUCAUUGCUUGGAGGUGUUGACAGGUAUGCCGUGAGUGUAAUGUGGGAGUUGGAGAGUACGACAUAUGAAAUCCGCAGAGUGUGGUAUGGACGGACCAUCAUCCGAUCUUCCUACAAGCUAAGUUAUGAGGUGGCUCAACAGCUGCUGGAUGGGGAUCUUGAGCCACUCAGCACUGAGCCAGAGCUGAAGCCACUCUCACAGGACUCUGUUCAGCUGGAUCGUCUCCUUUGGGCAAUACGUAAACUCACUGAGGUCGCUCAGGCUGUCAGGUCACGGAGGGAUAUGCAUGGUGCACUGGAGUUGGAAGGAGUGGAAAUACGAGUUCAGUUGGGGGACGAACACAACAUUGACGACCUGAUACCGAAGCAGCCAUUGCAGGUUCACGAGACUAUAGCAGAAUGUAUGAUCCUGGCCAAUCACUGGGUGGCCAAGAAGAUUUUUGAGAGCUACCCACAGCAGGCAUUACUCCGACUUCACCCACCACCACGACAGGAGUUCUUCAAGGAGCUUAAAGAGAGUGCUCAGGCUAAAGGAUAUUCCAUUGAUACACGCACAAACAAGACUUUGGCUGAUUCUUUGGAUAAAGCAAAUGACCCAUCUGACCCUUUGGUGAAUCGGCUAUUGCGAGCAAUGGCAACACAGGCCAUGUCCAAUGCUCAGUAUUUCUCUACAGGCUCCUAUACGGAGGAUGAAUUCUAUCACUAUGGUUUAGCGCUGGAUAAAUACACGCACUUCACUUCCCCUAUCCGACGUUAUGCUGAUAUAAUAGUGCACCGGCUUCUUCUUGCUGCUAUCAACAAUGGUCAAAAAGAUCAUCAUCUUGGAAACAAGGACUUGGAGGAGCUGUGUCGUCAUAUCAAUAAUCGCAACAGGGCUGCGCAGCAUUGCCAGAAAGAGUCUACAGAGCUUUUCCAGUGCAUGUUCUUCUUAGAUAAAGACCCGGAGAGUGACCAGCGCUGCAUUUGUGAUGCCAUAAUAUAUUCCAUCCGCACCAACGGAGUCCUUCUGUUCAUACCCAGGUAUGGCAUUAAAGGGCCAGCAUAUCUUAAGAACACUGAAGGCCUUGUUUUAUCUUUUGCCAAUGAUUGUUUUAAAUGGACAACUGGAUCUUUGCAGCGCCUCCCUGACCGAAUCACAGUAAUAACAGAGGGGACAAAGGAAACUACAUUCUGUUUAUUUGACCAUGUGACUGUAAGAAUUCGGGUACAGACAUAUCGUUUUCAUACAAACAGCAUCCGAUUGGAGAUAAUCAGAAAUAAACCCCAUGUAACUCCGGAAGAGCAACGCUCGAUAUCUAGCACUAACCACGCCAGGAACGAUCUGGUCAGAGAAGUCACUCGUACGGCAAUAGAAGCUCAGCUGGCAAAGGAUGAAGACGUUGCGGAGAACAGAGCUGGCAAGCAGUACCAGGAAUACCAGCAAACACAAGGAAACAGCCUGUAUGCACUGCUGCAGGAAGUUCACGAGCUGGCACUUCUUGAUGUAUCCGGACAAUAAUCUGCCAUCAUCCUGUCCAAUAAAGGGAGGUCACUGCCCUUUAUCCUGUCACUGCCUGAAUGUGAGAACAAAUGUACAUGAAGCAUUUUAACACAAUGUGCAAAUCUUUUUAGUAUCUUGGUUGGGGAAGUCUUAAUAUGGCAGCUUUAAUUAUUUAAGAGUUUUUAUGUAUGUAACUUGCAUAUCCUCAAUUUCUCUCUCUUACGGGUUUUAUGAUCAGUUAUUUUUGCUCUGAAACCUGUUAAGCAAACUUAAUGGGAAUUUUAGCACAUUUGCUUUGUACAUUGUUUUAUUUCCUAACAAGACAGAAUAUUUUUGUAUAAAAAAAAUUGU